AUAAUAGUAGUAAGACUAAUCUUCAACGCCAUACAGUGCAGUAUCGUUAAGCUCAUUCAGCAGAGAUGAUACAUUCCCUUUGGUACACUACAGUGAAUGGUCACGAUUGCAAAUGUGAGACCCUUGGCUACGUUGGCUUAGAUACAUUGUUGUGAAAUGACAUCCAAAAGACACCGAUAGCCCAAACUUUCCAUGAAAUCACAUCAUCAUGUGUCUGUUUGAGACGAAUUUGUUUCCAGUGUUUAUGAACAUCCAUAUGCAGAUGGGUUCAGUGCCUGGCCACUGAAAGAGAAGGCAGUGUCUACACUCCUGAUCUGCUGUUUGUCUCAUUUUGCCCCCAAAGUCUACACGGAAUCGGUUCAUCCACAGGAAUGAACGGUGUGGUGUAUAUUUCAUUUGAAAUGCUGUAGCUGUAGAAAAAGUGCAUUUUAAAGAUUAAUUUUGACUGUGUGCUGUUUAAUGAAACUGUUUUAUUUGUGUCUUCAGGAUGUUGACCUGAAAGCAUGCCAAGAAGCUUUGGAUGACUGCUGUCCACACCAAGGAGAUGGUCAGCUGGAACUGCAAGAGGAGGAAGAAGACAUAAAUCAAAGCAACCGCAACCAUGUAGAUUCUCUUCUUUCCUUAGAGAGCUAUUUACAGCUUCUGUCAUCGCAGAUGGAAAACAUGCUAGAGGUGAGUUUACUGGAAGAUAUACAAGUUGCUACUUCUAACAGAGGUCGAGACCCAUCAUCCUCACACCAUAAUAUAAGUUUGACCCAUACACUUCACCACUGUUUCAGUCCUCAUGAUGCCACGCUACUAAGAACAGAUUACUUCACUCAAUCAAGUUCUGAAACAAGACAUUUACAAAGGCAAGAGUCUUUUUCUCAGUCAAGUUCUAAUAUCACAAAUCCAGAGUCACUUCAUGGGUCAAAUUUGACAGCGUUGUUUUCAGCUGCUGACAUCAGAAACCUAAUGGCUCAUGAUGAUAAUUUUGAUGAAAUUAAACUCAUGUCUUUGGCUUUGGAGAAUGGCUUUGAUACUAUAGAAGUUUCUCAGCUCUUUGAAGAACCUGGCUCAUAUCCGGGACUGUCUUUGAACCCAAGUCACAGCACGACCGUCUCUUACUCAGUCAGCAGUGAAGGUGCUGUUGAGUACAGUAACGGUGUGAAAUCUGCUUCCUUACAGGGGUUAGGGACUCUUGGAGGCCACUGCCAAGAACACGCUAAUUAUGGCCAUGUGGAAUAUCCAGGUGAUGCAGAGUGUUCUAGAGAAACCACACUUCAGCAGUUUCUUCAUAACUACACUUAUAAUCAGCUGCCAAGUCAAGCAGCACCUGCUCCAGCGCAUCAUCAACAGAUGUGGAUGAAAAAACCCAAUGAAGUAAAGGAUAGGUGCCAUAAUUCUACUGAUACAAAUCUUAGCAGUGAUGAACAUCGUGCAAAAGCUCUGAGACUACCAUUUUCAGUCGAUGAAAUUGUGAGCAUGCCUGUCGACUCUUUCAACACCAUGAUCGCAAAGAACCAUCUGACAGAUACUCAGGUAUCACUUCUUCGUGACAUCAGACGGAGAGGAAAAAACAAGGUCGCUGCCCAAAAUUGUCGUAAACGCAAACUGAAUGCAAUUCUUAACUUGGAAGAAGAUGUGUGUAAUCUUCAAACACAAAAGGAGAGCCUUAAAAAGGAGCACACUCAGUGUAGCAGAUCAAUCAGCCAGAUGAAGCAAAAGUUAAACAACUUGUACCGUGACAUCUUCAGUAGAUUGAAGGAUGACCAGGGUAGACCUUUUAACCCAUGCCAAUAUGUCAUUCAUUGCAGUAGCGAUGGCAGUGUUUUUGUAAUACCCAAACACUUGGUCAAAUCUGAGCAGAAACAAGAUAAUGAAAAAGAGCAGAAACAAAAAGAUGGCUAAAGAUCACUUAGGUUUUAUUUUUCCCCGAAAGAGUGAUAUUUGUGUGACAACUGGAGGUCAGUGAUUGCAGCAGUACAAACAAAAAAAAACUACAUUUAAGAAGCAAGACUGAAUGUUCAACCGUCUAGCAACAGUGACCUGUUAGAAUGUCUACCAGCUGAUGCUUUUGAAUGAGGAAAUCUGUUUAGUUUCACUUAAUUAAAGGAGCUAGGCCAUCAGUGUAACUGUAGUUAUAUAGACCUCUAUAAAACUAUGAAUUUAGUUUCUGAGGAAAACAUCGGGGGGGGGGGAAGCCAGCUUUAGGUCAAAGUUACACAUGGAAGAAAAACAUGAUGUAGUCUUGAGUACUUGGUUCUUCAUAGUUAAUAGUUCAAAGUGACCUUAUUUUAUUAUCAUUAGCACUGAAAGAAAAGUUGUAGCUCAAGUUCAUCUUAAAUUCACUGUGGACUUAUUCCUAAGAGGACAUAUUCCUAAGAGAUACUCUGUGCUUUGCAGUUGUUCAGAACUGUUCUGCUUUCCUAGAUUUCCUUUGAGGAGAGAGGCCCAGGAGGCUGUUGUUUUUUUCCUCACAACUUUCACCACCAUAGCUCCAGGCAAACGUAACAUACCAAUUAAUUUUAUAACUCGUAAGGUCAAUCUGCAAAUAGAUUCUGAAAAAUAAAAAUUACUAUCUGAUUCACUAUUGCCUUACCUUCAUCCCCUGCAACUGAAACGCUGUCUACUUUCUUCCAUGGAAAUGAGUGAUGGUGAAUGAGUUCCUGUUCUGUUUCCUAGUCUGUGAUAUAUUUACCCACAUACUUUCCCACCCCCAUUUGAAUACCUUCCUCUAGGAGAAAUACUGAAGUUUUUCUUUUUAGCUUUUAGAAACUGGUAUUUUUUAAGUUAUCUUCAAUGUCAUGAAUUUUAAGUUUUCCCCCAAAUCUUUAAAGUAAAUUAAAUUGAACCAAACAAAUAUUUAUCUGUACUUGUGACAAUGAAGCUACACUCCAGUAGUGGCUUUGAAUGAAGAGCUUUUGGGUUGGAUACUUGUUUGCACUAUGAAAAAGACUCACAUGAUUAUUCAGCAGCUUAUCCUUUUCUAUUUUACAACCUCAAAAGAAUCUACAAAGAAAAUCACCUAAAAGACAUGUGAUGAAUGAUAAGGAAGGAAUGUUGAGGUAUGCUAGUUUGUAAUAUCUUAAAAUAAUUACUAAUAUUAACAACUGAAUAGCAACAAACACUUUUCAUAUCUUUUUAUAAACAAAACCUAUAAAACUGGUAUACUAGAAAAUCCCACAUUGGUCGUGGCACGAUGACAACAUAGCAACUUUAUGGUAAAGUAUGUUGAAAAAAAAAACCCAAACCACUGCACCAAACACAUAAAAACUACAUACACACAAGUUUAAAUGCCAAAUUACACCUUUUGAAGAAAUAAACUAUGCCAUUAGCACGUAAAUCAUGUUUGUUUACAGUAACCAGUAGUAUCAUGUGGUACUUUCUAAAAAGGGACCACUGCCUCAAGAGCGCAAAAUGCACUAUUAUUGAUAAUGAAUCAGCCACUUUGUACAACUUGCUCUGCAUUUUAUAUUAAAGUAUUUCUUUAAACAAA